AUGAAAAAAACGAUGGAGAAAGUAAGCAAAAGCAACUCUGUGUCUGAGACCGAGUCUGACUCCGAGGCGCCGACAGGCUCUUCAAGCAGUGGGAUGGAGGAGACAAGCAAUCUGGAAGGGUCCUCCACUGAGAUUGAGGAGGAGACGUCGAGUGGGAGCGGCGAGGAGAGCAGAAGGGAGAAUCCGUCUCUUACCGUGUUUAUCAAGGGUAUAAGCUAUGAUCUAACGGAGUAUGAUCUGAAGAGCGAGAUGGAGAAGAUAGGGAAGGUUGCCCGUGUCGGGAUUCCGAUGACAAACGACCACAAGCGCAACAAGGGCUUUGGAUAUGUCGAGUUCUGUAAGGAGGAGGACGUGAAGAAAGCACUGAAGCUUGACGGGACUGUGUUUCUUGGGAGAGAGGUUGUUGUGAACAUGGCACACCCGCGGGCAAAUAAGGAGAGACACACGAUAUACGUCUCGAACAUCCCGUAUGAGUGCGACAAGAGGGAUCUAAAGAAGUACUUUGAGGGGAUGGGAGAGGUAGUUGGAAUGUCGCUUCCAUACGACAGAGAUAACAACAGGCUGAAGGGAUAUGGGUUUGUCGACUUCGGCAACAAGGAGGACUACGAGAGGGUCCUCAAGAAGAAGCUGGUUUUUGAGGAUAGUACCAUGUACCACCGGCCGGCAUACAAGAACAACAGGGAGGAUAGAAGGGACUCUAACGGCAGAGGGUUCAAGAGAAGCGAUUCCAACUGGAGCGGGAAGAGGUAUGGGGCAGAGGGCCAGAACAGAAACAAUAAGAAAGUCAAGUUUAACUCUGAUAGUGAAGAAUAA